AUGGCUAACAACAACAUUAAACUAUUGGCUCCUGAUGUUCACAGAGGUCUGGCCGAAUUGGUCUCCAAGAGACUAGGUCUUCCCUUGACAGAUUGCGCUCUAAAGAGAGACCCAACUGGUGAAGUCAGUUUCUCCAUUGGUGAAUCUGUUAGAGAUCAAGACAUAUAUAUCAUUACACAAAUCGGUUCCGGUAUCGUGAAUGACCGUGUACUAGAGCUACUGAUCAUGAUCAAUGCCUCCAAGACUGCCUCUGCUAGAAGAAUCACUGCGAUCAUUCCAAACUUCCCAUAUGCAAGACAAGAUAGAAAGGAUAAGUCUCGUGCUCCUAUCACUGCUAAGUUGAUGGCUGAUAUGUUGACUACUGCUGGUUGUGAUCAUGUCAUCACCAUGGAUCUACACGCAUCCCAAAUCCAAGGGUUUUUCGAUGUUCCAGUGGACAACUUAUAUGCUGAACCAAGUGUCGUUAGAUAUAUUAAGGAAAAUGUUAAUUUCGAAGAAGCUAUCAUUAUCUCUCCAGAUGCUGGUGGUGCUAAGCGUGCUGCUAGUUUAGCCGACAGAUUGGAUCUUAACUUUGCAUUGAUUCAUAAGGAAAGAGCUCGUGCUAACGAAGUGUCUCGUAUGGUCCUUGUUGGUGAUGUCAGUGACAAGAUUUGUAUUAUUGUGGAUGAUAUGGCUGAUACUUGUGGUACGUUAGCUAAAGCUGCAGAGAUCCUAUUGGAAAAUAGAGCCAAAUCUGUCAUUGCUAUUGUUACACAUGGUGUGUUAUCAGGUAAUGCAGUCAAGAAUAUAAAUAAUUCUAAAUUGGAUAGAGUGGUUUGUACGAAUACUGUUCCAUUUGAAGAAAAGAUGAAGGAUUGUCCAAAACUAGCUGUCAUUGAUGUCAGUGGUGUUUUAGCGGAAGCCAUUCGUCGUCUACAUAAUGGUGAAAGUAUAUCAUACUUAUUCAAACAUUACCCAUUGUAG